AUAUGUCACUUUUAAAAAUAAAAUAUAAUUUAGCCUAACUUAGUACAUGUUUGUUUUACUUAUUUCUCGUAUUCUAAUACAUGUUAAACGUAAAUAUGUUCUCAGCUUGCUUUGAAAUUCAACUGUAAAGAAAGAUAUAAUACGAACACACCAUUCAUCUAAGUUUUAAAGAUGAUUGAUUCUUGUGAUUUGAGCAAUGGGGGAGGAAGUAAAUAAUAGUAAAAUAAUGCUACCAAAUUAGUCGGUUCCUAACCUAUAUGGCGUUUGACUCAUGGCUGCUUCAGUUUGACCAUGGUUUCUUUCUGCAAAUCUUGUCGCCCCACGACAUCCGUUUUCUUCGCUGACUUGUACACUAUAUGCUAUUGACUAUUGGCCAAUCCUCCUCUUUAAAAUAAAUAAAUAAAUAAGCAUCGAUGAGUGGUAAAGAGUAUCUUCACCCAACUUAAAGGGAGUCAAAACUGGGAAAAGAAUUCCAUAUAUACAACCGUUGUUUUUACAUUUUUUAAAUCUCUUGUUCUAACAUCAAUAAUUAUAUUAAUUGAUAGAGUUUAUGGGUGUUUUUAGUUGGGAUGAAAUGAAUAUUUUUUACAGCACAAACGUGGAAAUGAGUGAAAAUGAGUGAUUAGUGUGCGUGUAUUAAUUGUAUUCAAACAUUAAAAGAAAAGUGCAUGAGGGUUGAGGGUGGGUAAAUAAAAGAAAAGUGUAGGUGGAUAGAAGAAAUAAAUAAAAGGAAUGACGCAGAGAAAGGGGUGGGGGGCCUAACUCCUAAUUCCUAACUCCUAACUCCUUUAUAAAGGCAAAGAGGUGGAGAGAGUGAACAGUGAGAGUUUGCAGGCAUUGGGUCAUAGUUGGCAACAGUAACAGUAACAGUAACAGUAACAGUAACAGUAACAGUAACAGCCACCUACUUUUCACUUUUGAGUUUUGAGAGCAUUCAGAUCCUCAGUUUAAAGUUUAAAGUGUUGCAGCAGCCCCACCCAUAUUUUGAUUUUUGUAUCUUGAAAUGGAUGAAUACUGGAAGAGAAGCGGGCAAAUACCAGCGUUUGGAAACUGGGAUUACGCAAACCAAUUGCCCAUCACUCAGUACUUCGAGAGUGCGAGACAAGCUGGCUUGAUUCGAUACAGUUCCUCCUCCGGAGAAAGCGAUGGUGACCUUUACGCUCUCCAUUUCAACAAACCUUGUCUUAAAAAGGGGACGAGGAACAGGGAUACGAGGGUUGUGGUUAAGGAAAAGGAAAAGGAAAAAGAAAAAGAAAAAGAAAAAGAAAAAGAAAAGGUGAACAUGCCAAAGCAGGGGAAAGUGUGCCACGUCACGGAACACCCCAGGAAACCAUACGACGCCGUUCCGCCGCCACGUGCCAAGCCCCUUGAUGAAGAUCUCUAUAAGAUCCCACCAGAGCUACUCCGCACUACUAAGCGGAAGAAAAUGCUGGGUUUCAUUUCCAAGUGUCUGGUUCCUGCUGCUUGCGUUUCCUGAACACCAACCUCUCCAACCAUUUUUUAUUUUUAUUUUUAUUUUUAUUUUUAUUUUUUAGAAACACUAGCUAGUAGUACUAGUAUGAUGCUAAAAUGACUUUUAUUAUAUAUAAAUAUAUAUAUAUAUAUAUAUAUAUAAAUAUAUGUUUAUUUUUCUAAUUAAUGCUUAGAAUGAAUGGAAUUCUCAUGCUUUAA